GGGAUCUAGCUCCACCACCAGGGAUCGAACCCGGGCCCCCUGCACUGGAAGCACGGAGUCUUAGCCACUGGACUGCCAGGGAAGACCUCACAUGGGAUUAUAAUUGAUUUCUAUCUGCCUCCUCACUAAUCUGGACGUUCUCUGAGGGCAGGGACCUGUUCUUAUUCACAUCUGUACCCAAGAGCUUAGCAUCCCUCCCAGCGCACUCACUCAUUCUGUUAGGCUCACCACUGGCUGACCUGGUUCCGUGAAAGAAUUCCAUGUGGCAACGUGAGCUGACUUCACACUGGUGGUUCCCAGUCAGAACGCAAACAUUCUGUAGUGAGAAGAGCUCCUUAGUUCCUCAGAGAAAUAUAGGACAGAUGCUAGCCUACAACUAAAUACUUCCUUUCACCCAUACGAUAACAAACUAGCAGUUUUGGAACGAUGGACAAGGUUCAAAGUUCUUUUGCCAUUUUAUUUUUGUUUUUAAUGGAAUUCCCACUUCAUUUGUGCUUGCCUUAUGCAGGUGAGUUCAAACCAGCUGGACAAACAACAUGCUUAAUGGGUAGCUUCAAGCAUGAUUUAACUUGUUUUAGAGGAAAUUUUAUGAGAACUUUUUUUCCAUUUUUAGCACUGAUUCCUCAUAGACCUGCUAUUGUUCAAGUAAUUACAAUUGUGUGUAUAGCCUUCAGUAUUGCCCUGAUAUGUGGGAUCACUAUUUCCUACAUGAUAUAUCGACUGGUACAGGCUGAGGAAAAACAACAACUUGCGUCACUCUAUAAAAAUGUCAAGAUACCAUUAUUAGGAGAUGAAGAGGAGGGCUCUGAGGAUGAGGGCCAGGAUGAGUCCACGCACCUCCUUCCAGAGAGUGAGAAGGAACUGGAAAAGUUCAUUCAUUCAGUCAUUAGAUCAAAAAGAAGAAAACAUAUGGAAAAGAAGAGAUUGAACACAGAGCAAAAGUUGGUAAAGGAAGUGGAAAUAAAGGAUGCUAUACAUACUGCAAAUCCGGAGCGUCUGUGAAAAGAAAUGAAAGAGAGGCAGGACAUGCUAGCCAGUGUGGAGGAAACAGUGACAGAUGACAGAAUGUGAACAUGACUUGCUCCUGGAGAACCUUGUGCAAGAGCACUCUAAAGGAAGAACACCAGACGUAAAAACAGGAAAUAAAUUCAUAUGAUAUAGCAAUCUUGCUUCCUAGUUCUUAGAGUUUAUGAAUAAAUACAACGUAAUUGGAAAAGGAAAAAAUCCAACUUCGUAAGUGUGAAAGAGAAAUUGUCAGGAUUUUCUUUUCUCACUCCUAACCAGUAGUUUCUUCGGGUAAGUCUCUCAGACCAGGUGAGGAAACCACUUUCAUGAAACAAAGCUUCCCCAGUGACAUUAUCUGUUAAUUCCAGUAGCUUGCUUCCAUUUUACAUAUAACAAGACUGAGAAUGUCAAAAUGAAUAUGACAGCAGACAGUAACCUUUGUUUUUAGGGAUCUGGGACCUGGUGCAGGAAAUAGGUCUGCAGGCAAAGAGCUAUAAAGCAUUGCCAGAUGUACUGAGUGCUGUAAACUGGGAGUCACCGAGAGAGCUGUGGAAACACAAAAGGGGCAGGAUUUAAUCUGAGCGGUGCUAUUGGUGUGGAAAACAGUCUGAUGGUUCCUCGAAAAGGUAAACAUAGAGUCACUACCUGACCCAGCAAUUCCACUCCUGGGUAUA